ACCUGUCAAGCAAGUGUCAUCAUUUCAUUUCUUUCAGAAUUUGUAAAAAAACAAUGAAAGGGGCGAUUUGUUUUGUAAAUGUCUGCAAUCGAAUUAAUUUAGCUUCAGAUUCAAGCAACUAUUUAUAACAUAGUACUUUACUACAGAGUGUGUGAACAUUUAUCAAUCGAUCUCACUAAGAUUUUGAACCAUAGGAAAGUCAUUCAAAACAUGCAAUGAUUUCCCAACAUAAAAUCAGGUGUUUUGAAUAAUGGAUGAUAGAAAAAGACGAAGAGGCAUGUAUGUUACAGCGAGGCAGAAGAAGAAGCUUGUAGAAUUAGUAACUAAGCACCCAGAGUUGAUCGCGUGUAAAGUAACUCAAGACUUUAACUAUACUGAUUCACAAAAACUCUGGCAGAGCAUUGCAAGCGAGUGCAACAACAUCCCUGGACCUGGUGCUAGGAAAACUUGGCGACAGUGGAGAAAAACUUGGCAAGACCUCCGGUCGAAAACUAAGAAACGUCAGGCUGAGAUCAACGGUGAAGUCCCUUCAUCAGUAGUGAUGCUCACUCCAGCGGAACAAGAAGCCUUAGGCUUGAAGAAUGUGUCUUCCACCACUAACUACCAGGAAACCACAGAAUUCGUGCCUAUUAUAGACCCAGACAUGUCACAAGAGUACAACAAUGAAUUGGACUCAGUUCAUUCAUACAGUGAACCAGAAUCUCCGCCAGAAGCUAAAGUAUUCGAACACAAAGAGCCUAAAGUGAAAAGUUGCAGCUCCAAACAAAAUGACAAACAUGGAAAUAACUGUUUCUUCAAUUGUGAUUUGCUUGCUUCUUCUGAACAAAGAAAAAUGCAACUAAAAGAAGACUAUAUUAGCUUUAAGAAAGACUAUCUUAGGCAGAAAUUAAAGCUAAUUAAGGAGCAGACAGAAGCUCUCAAAAGUAUUGCUAGGGAACUCUCCAAAUGAUUAAUAGUGAUCUGAAUUUUGUAAUUUGCAAAUUGAUUCAAUCCACUGCAAAUGCUAAGGGUUGUUGUAAAAAGUUGAAAUUUUACUACAAAAUAAUGCACAAGUUUAUGCUAUAUUUUUCUUUUAUACAGUAAUGUUACAACAUAUCAGCUGAUUUGUUAAUGUUAUUGUGAUCAGUGAUUUAAUAAUUUGAUGAAAUUCCAUACUUUUGUAUGUAUCUGAUUGAGACAUCAAAUUUUUGGAUCACUGUUUAUGAAGGAAGGUCUGACAAUAUUACCCCACUUGUACAAUAAGGUAUGUGUUUGGUACAAUGUAUUUAUUAUUAUUAAGAUAUGUUAAGUAAUGGAAAAUAGAAAUGUAUUAUUAAUU